CCCAAAUUCUUCCCGAACAACUAUUCACAGCGAGUGAUAGCUAUUGAGAAGUGUUUCGAGCAUGUCUGCUACACAGAGUCUCAUCCAGAACGCCUUCGAUGCCGCGGUGCAGGAGUUCAAAGCGAACCUCAACAACGACACAGUCUACCAGAAGAUCCUCUCCAUUACCUCCAUCGAUGAAGUCUACGACCUUACCGAUCAGCUUCAGGCCGAACAAGGCAGAAAGGGGCAUCUGCGACACCUAGCUAAGAUCGAGCCUUACCUGAACCGUCUUCGCGACUACGCAGCAGUCAUUGAAAACUUUGUCCAGAUCAAACCGGAGGUCAUGGCCCUUAUCUGGGGUCCGAUCAAGCUGCUGCUCCAGUGGAGUAGCGUUCUGGCUCAGUCCUUUGAUGCAAUCCUUCAGAUUACGGGCGAUAUCGGGGUCUUGCUGCCGGAGUUCAAGGAUUGCGCGGUCUUGUUCGCGCAGAACAGUCGUAUCUAUGAUCUGAUGGUGCUGUUCUUCAAGGACAUCCUGGACUUUUACCAGGUGGGGUUGAAAUUCUUCACCAUGUCGCGUUGGAAAUACUUUUUCGAGUCUGUCUGGCCCCACAGAAGAGAUCGCAUCAACCUGGUCAAGACUCAUAUCGAAAGACACGCUUUACUCAUGCGAAAUGGGGUACGCCUAGAGCACAUUCGCGAGGAACACGAGGCUCGAUUGAAGGCGUUGGAGCAUUUCAAAGCCGAGGAACGUGCUCAGCGACUACAGCAAUAUCAUGUGAUCAAGACCGAUGUUAACCCGAGGAUGUAUGAUGACAAGCUGAACUGGUGUCAUGGUCGCAUUUGCGAUGGAUCGGGCGCAUGGCUGCUUAGGGACAAGGCUUUUACUCGCUGGUUGGAUUUCUCUGCUGGGACGCCGCCCGUUCUCUGGCUUCAAGGCAUUCCAGGUGCCGGCAAAACAUUCCUUGCCAGCUUAGCAGUGGACAAGGCGCGCACAGUAGCCCACACGGCCUUCGCUUUCCUGAGUCACACAUACAGUAGCAAUACCUCAGCUCUGAGCGUGCUGCACUCUUUGAUAUUCCAGCUCGCAGGGCGAAAUGAGGAUAUGCAGGAUGUGCUCUGCCAUUCCACCCACGAUCGCAUUCGGAGCGAUGUUACUGUUGCCGUCGAGCUUCUCAGAGACUUAUUGAAUUGUGCGGGUUCUGCAUUUCUAGUUGUCGAUGGUGUGGAUGAGAUAGAAGAGCUUGAGCGUGGUAUUCUCCUCAAGCAGCUUCUGCUCCUGUCCGAAAAGUGCCCCGAAACGCGGAUUUUCAUCAGCAGUCGGCGAGAGAGCGACAUUGCCGCCAGUCUGGAAAAAAUAGCGGAGUCAAUUCGAAUUGACAAAAGAAACGAGGAAGGAAUUCAGGCAUUUAUAAGUCAGCAGCUGAGACAGAUGUUUGACAGUCGUGAAUUUCUACCCGACGUCCAGACGCAAAUUCGCCAAUCCAUGGAGCCGCUAGCUUCAAAAGCCAAUGGGAUGUUCUUAUAUGCCAAGGUUGUCUUGAGCAGUAUUGAGCUGCUAGACGACGUCGCGGAGAUUUGCGAAGCGCUGAGCCUCCUACCAGAAGAUCUGGACAGCGCCUAUGCGCGAAUUCUGCUUCGGAUCAAUAAUCUACGACCGGCAUCUGUCAAGGCAAAAGCCAGAAGGAUACUAGCUUGGGUGGGCUGCUCACCCACGCCAUUAACCUUGCGGGAGAUGGAACAAGCUUUGAGUAUUCAACCCGGGAAUUUCAAUGCAGGAAACAGGCUGAGCGUAGCUCCAAAUCUUAGCAAGCUCUGUGGACCAAUAAUCGAAGUUGCCGGCGAAUACGUACAGUUCGUCCAUUUUACGGUCAAAGAAUACUUCUUUAGUACGGCCGUCAGCGGUCAUAUAAGCUUAAUCGAUGGAACUCUCGACUUAGCGACAACCUGCAUUACAUAUUUCUGUCAGGGAUUUCACCAUCCUGAUGUCGUCAGCGAUGACGAUCAAUUUACUCAGCAUCUCAUUGAAGGUAGUUAUAGGCUGCACUACUAUGCGCAGGAGAGAUGUUUUGAAGUCCUUCAGAUCUACCUACGCUUUUUGAAUGGGGCAAAGGUCCCCUCGAGCCUUUUGAAUUGCCUCAACAUGUUGAUGGCUACGCUGAGCAAUGAUCAAUUUGCGCUCGCGCCGGUUAACGGACGCAUUGUGGAAGCUUCAUUUCUGCAUGUCUUUCGAGCAGGUCACUCAGAGCUUUAUCAAUUCCUUGACAACGUCUACCGAUUCCGUCAUAUGUGCUCACAAGAAACAUAUCAUCUGAAUGAAGAAACGAAAUGGGUUGAUUUCGAUCCACUAGUAUCAUCCCAAGUAUCAAUUCGACUUUACCAAGACAUCAAAAGAAUGCAGUGCGCUUCCGGCUCCCACAAUCCCGGAUGCCAAUGCGGACUCCUCGACCGUGUGUUCGGUUUACAGCCCUACAAAUGCGGGUAUUUAAACUGCCCUCUUCAACGCCGUGGUUUUGAGUCCAAAGCAAUACAAAAGCGACAUGAAACCGAACAUACCCGCGUUUGGAAUUGCACUGUUCCAGGAUGCGAGUAUGAAAGAACUGGAUUCUUGUCUGCGAAUAUGAGAGACCAGCAUGCAAGCAAAGCUCAUCGAAAGCCAAAUGAUUCGAAUAAGAUUCUUCACGACACUCAUAUGUCACCCGAGGACGAGGUAAAGUUUAUCCUAGAUCUAGUCAGGUCUAACGAUAUUGAGGCUAUCGAGUCCCUUCCCCUUAUGGUAUUGGAGGCGAGCUUCCGAUAUUUAUGGAGCCGACAGAAACUGGGAAAGAUACUGGGAAGGUUUGGGUCUGCGCCAAUUGCGGUGGUACUUUUGCCAUUUGCCGAAAUACAGUACGUUUAUUCGGAAGCUAUAAAGGAUUCAAAUACUGGCCUUCUCAGCUGGCUUCUUGACGCAAAACAAAUAGUGGAAUUGGAUGAGCAUGGAAGGCCAGUAGAGGUUGUCAAAGAAUUCGCACUGUGCGAUUCGGCAGAGAUGCACGACAUUGGCCGCAGAUGGUUUGCAAUGUUUCGAGAUGUGGAAGGACUAAGUCCUAGAAGACUGUUCUGGGCAGUCAUGAGCAAAGAUGUGAUUGGUGCUACAGCAAGCAAACCGGGCAGAGAAGACUUUUUAGUCUCACUGUGGGAUUCUGUUUGGCCGGAAAUCAGACAAAUUGAUAUUUCGCAGGCGUUGAUGGACGUUGCCAAGACAACUUGCUCUUUAAGGCUUGGGCAGAUUCUGAUUCAACAUGGAGCCAAUGUUAAUUGGAUUACCAAAGGUAGCAAGAUUUCGGUACUCGAAUAUGCAACACGCAAAUCUAGAGCGAAGAAUGCCGAAUUUGCCAAGCUUCUUCUGUUUCAUGGCGCUGAUGCACAGCUCGCUUCAGCCUCAAUUAAAAUGUCCGACCAGAUCGGGGCGAAGGAGAUAUAUCGUUGGCUCGGGGUUUCAUGGAACGAUUUGGUAGAACAGGCUAGGGCCCAUGCAGAUGAAAAUGCAACUAGCCAAUGACGAGUGACGUUGUAUCUAUGUGUCAUAUAAAUGCACGCGAAAUCCCGACCUUGAGCCAU